AUGGACCCUCCUCGCCCUCUGGUCGCUGUCGCUCCUGUACCUGCUGCACAUCACCGUCGUCCGCCUCGACGUUUUAAGGAUUCGUUCCCACCUAAAAUCACCCUCAAGCCACCGCGUCGCCGCACAGUCGCUACUCGCCGCCGCACGCGUCAAGGCACUCGCCAACGUCAAGUACUUCUCACCGUGAUGGUUGUCGUCAUCAUUAUCACGGCGCUCACCGCUGAUGUAAUCUCACUCACCUACUCACCACCUAACUCACCGCUAAUGUCAACUCACUCACUCACCUCCCUCUUUCACUGGUCGCUGUCGCUCCCUUCCUCCCUCACCUCCUCCACUCACCUCCACCGUCGGGCUGCUCUCUCCACCUCCUCGACCCUCAACCUGAUCCUUCGCUUCCUUAAACCUACUUUCCACGGCUUGGGCGGGGCUUUCAUCUUUGCCGGGAGGGACGGAUUUGCUGGUCGCCUGGUUAAACUGACGGUCAAGUUUCUCAGCAAUCGGCGUGAUCUUGUCCAAGAUGCCAGCGAUGCUGUUUUCUGUGCUGCCGGCGAGCAGCACUGA